AUGACGGAAAACAAUUCGAAUAGUUCGGUGCAUUAUUAUGAUGAUGGUGAUAUUCUAGUAACGGUGCAAGAUGUGACAUUUAGAAUACAUAAAAACAUUUUAUCCAUAGCCUCAAAAGUAUUUUGUGAUAUGUUCACUUGCGCUAUAUCCUCCAAAGAAGACAUACCAAGUAUAACUUUAACCGAUACGUCAUCAACAACGUUUGAAAACUUAUUAUCGUAUUUAUACCCACACACAUUUACACCUAUUACAUGGGAAAACAUUAUAGAAUUUUGUCAAUUAGCUGAUAAAUAUGAAUUCGUUAUGGUUAUUGAAGCGGCCGAUAAUUUUUUAAAAGCUCAUUUUCAAGAAAAACCACUCGUUUCAUUGGUGUUGGCUGACAGUUAUGGCUUCAAAUAUGUCUAUAAAGAAUCAUCAAAAUUAAUUUUGGAUAAUUUAUUGCAAUACAAAGAGGAAUUAACGUUCAAAAAGCUUUCAAGCGAAACAAGAUGUGCUUUGAUGGAGAAAUAUUUAGAUUUUGUCAUCGCAGUAUCUUCAUUUCAAGAUCUGAAGCAUCAAUAUGAUUAUCAGCAUGCUUGUGAGAAAAAUCCACAUUUAUAUACGGUCUGUUUAAAUAAACAAAAAACUAGUCAAUUAUAUGAAGAUUUUUUUAACGGCGUGAAAUUAUAUCCAACGGAGUCUCCAUCUAUAAAUUUAAAUUCCUUCCUGAAAUAUUGUAGAAAAUUUAAAAAGAAACAUGCGCAAUUGAAUCAAUGUAAUAUUUAUUUUAUUCAACAUUAUUUAAUUGGUAAAAUUGUAAAAUAUUUAUUUUCUGGUGAUAUUAAAGCUGCUGAUACUUUGGAAUGUGAAAAAGAUAAAGAGGAUGCUAAUUAUUAUUUAUUCAUUGUAUUAAAGGAUUAA